CGACUGCGGUGCCUGGCAACAGAAAAAGACGUGAUGACGUCCUCUCCAGAUUGCGUAUUAUGGGAUGUGCAGAAUUAAACAACCCGAAGAGGACAAGGGGGAAGCCAAACAUAAUAAAAGAGAUAGAUAUAAACGAAUUGCAUGGUGAAUCAUGGAGCUCUCUGCUGUUGGUGAGAGUGUCUUCGCAGCCGAGUCCAUCCUUAAACGGAGAAUCAGACGGGGUCGCUGGGAAUAUCUGGUGAAAUGGAAGGGCUGGUCUCAGAAGUACAGUACCUGGGAGCCGGAGGAAAACAUUCUGGAUGCACGUCUGUUCGCAGCUUUUGAGGAGAGGGAGCGCGAAAGGGAGCUGUUUGGACCGAAGAAGAGGGGACCCAAACCUGAGACAUUUCUCUUGAAGGCCAAAGCCAAAGAAAAGACGUAUGAAUUUAGAAGAGAGACUCCCAGAGGGAUCCAGGUUUCCUAUCCCAUCCCGGAGCCUGUCAUAACACCCAGGGCCCGGGAAGGUUUACGCACCGUGGUUCCCACAAUCUUCCCACCUAGUGCGGUCAACAGGGGGGAAAGUGUCCAAAUCCGACCACCAGAACCAGAGAGGAGGCCAAGACCGACUCCAUCCGCUGCUUUGACAGACCUAGAAGCCGUCCGUUUACCUAAAAAAAGAGGGCGCAAACCGAAGCUUCAUUUACAUUACAAUGAAACAGUCGAUGGGGGCCGCUCAGCAGAGCUUAACACCAAACGGAGCAGGUCACUCGAGGAGCCGGUGUCAAACGUAUUUUCCAACAUGUCCCGCCGCUUGCAACAUCACGGUGAGGCGUCAGAUCACAGCCUCAUCCAGCUGACACGGAGGUUCCAGGAGAAGACCACAAUCACACCAAAACACAGCAGCGAGCACAGACACGCAGGGUUGUCUUUCAGGGCGUUCAAUCCAGAUAUGCGUAAAAAGGAUCAGUUAAAACACAGGACUAAAUGUUCGAUGUCUGUUCCGCGGGCCAGCAGCUCUGCAGAGCACCGGAAGCAUCACGUGAAGGAGUGCGGUCACUCCGCUGUCAGAUCCACGGAGCCCAAUGACAAGACCACGCGACCAGCCUCGUGCUGGACCCCAAGUUUGACCAACCAGGACACUGUGACGGUGACAGAUGUCACCAUGAACUUCUUGACAGUCACUGUCAGAGAGAGCAGCACGGAGAAAGGUUUUUUCAGAGAGAAACGAUGAGUAUGCUCGGAUGUGGGUCUUUAAAUAAAUAUAUAUCAUAGUUUAACAAGUUACUAUAACUAACAAGCCUACUGCAAUGCUAUAUUUUUUCUAUGUAACUUUCAAACGUGUACAUACACAUAUUUAAUACGCUGUUGAAAAAAUAAAAAAAUGAAAGUGUC